CCCGGGCACCCAUCCGGCCCCCCCCGGCGCCCAUGAGGCUCCGGCCGGUGCAGGCCCGAGCUGCCACAGCCAGGCGGACAGCGGCCGGCCACUCCGAGCAUGUACUGGCGCGUCGGGCUCUCCUGGACCGGGUCGCGCGUGGCUGAUCUCUGCCGGAACCAGAGCGUCUCCCCCGGCCUGCCGGGCCCCGAUGAGCGGCUCUCGCUGUAUGGACACAUCGUGGCCUGCCCGCUGCAGGACUACGGCGGGGUGAUGUCCGCCCUGGGCUCGGACUCGUGGUGGCGGAAAACGCUGUAUCUGACCGGAGGGGCUCUGCUGGCCGCCGCCGCUUAUCUGGUGCACGAACUGCUGGCCAUCAGGAAGGAGGAAGAGCUGGACUCUAAGGAUGCCAUCAUACUCCACCAGUUCUCCAGACCCAGAUCUGGUGUCCCUUCCCUGUCCCCUUUCUGCCUUAAGCUGGAGACCUACCUCCGUAUGGUGGACCUGCCCUACCAGAACUACUUUGAUGGGAGGCUUUCGCCGCAAGGAAAGAUGCCGUGGAUCGAGUACAACCAGGAGCAGGUGUUUGGAACCGAAUUCAUCAUCGAGUUCUUGGAGGAGAGGCUGGGCGUGAGCCUAAACAAGAGCCUGACCCCACAGGAGAGAGCUGUCUCUCGUGCCGUUACCAAAAUGGUGGAGGAACACUUCUACUGGACAAUAGCAUACUGUCAGUGGGUGGACAACCUGGAGGAGACGCAGAAGAUGCUGUCAGUGAGCGGACCGCUGAGCGACCUGCUGAAGUGGAUCCUGAGUCACCUGACCGGCGGGAUCGUUAAGAGGGAGAUGUACGGCCACGGGAUCGGACGGUUCUCCACAGAAGAGGUUUACGCCUUGAUGGAGAGGGACAUGCGCACACUGGCCACACUGCUAGGUGACAAGAAGUACCUGAUGGGCGCUAAGCUUUCAACAGUGGACGCGGCAGUGUUCGGUCACCUGGCCCCGGCCAUGUGGAUGCUGCCUGGAUCGCGGCCGGAGCAGCUGAUCAAAGGUGACCUGAUCAACCUGGCCAUGUACUGUGAGCGCAUCCGCCGGCGAUUCUGGCCCGAGUGGUUUGUUGACCUGGAGGACUUCCGUUACGACGACACCACGGAGGAGAGCGACUCUGCCUCCAAACUCCUGGAUCUGGGCCUCUACUCUCGCACGGACACGUCGCAGGACCUUACACACUCGCACACCUCGCACACCUCGCCCCCUCACACUCACACGCCCCCAGACCCGCCUCCAGACCUGCCACUAGACCCGCCCUCGCCCGUCAGUGACCCCACGGGCCACUCGCUGUAUGACUCUGACAUGGACACCGAGUGCUCUGAAAUCGACCAGCUCAAGUGUUGACGAAAACACACCCUUAGAGUACACACACCCCCCCCCCACACACAGACAGACCCACGCACAUCACGGGUGGGUGCUUCCUCCUGCCUGUGGCCCCUACCUCUGUGAACGGAGAAACGAGACGGGGACUAUAUAUGAAUCUUUUUUUUUUUUUUUUGGUGCCGCUGUGUGGGUGGAGACCCGGAGGAUUUUAAGGGGUUAACGGGCAAACUGUAGCGGAGGAAAGACUGGAGUGGAAGGAAAUAAGUGAAGCACACUGUAGCCCAAAAAGAGGGGGCAAUGGGCAGAUGGAGAGAAAUGGAAUGACAGCGUAAACUUGGAUUGGAAAAGAGAAAAAAAACUAGUAAAACCUUAGCAGGCUGUUGAAAAGCAGAAAGGAGUAAAUGACGCUGCUGCUGACACACUCCUCCAGCGAGUUGGCAUCAGAUGCAGUCACAACCUUUUACCUGUCCUAUCACUGUAACCAUGGCAACUACAUGCGUGCGUGCCCCACUGUGGUCCCUUGUAGCAAUUUGUAUCACCCAGCCUCGUGUGUGUGUUUUAAUCUGCUAACACCCUGUGCUGAAAGGAUGCAGCAUUCCUGGAGCUCUACAGGACGGGAAUCCAGUGUAAAUGUUAAAAAACAACAACCUGAUUGAGUCAUCAGAUUUAACACGUAGAAUAUUUGAUUGAACCGUCAGUAUAGAUGAUGCAGAUGGCCCGAACAUGGAGAAGAUCUUCCUCUAUCAUUUGGUGUAAAUAACGUGUGUGUUUUUUUUGGUGCCGGACACAGACUUGUCUCCACAAAUGGCCACUCUGCUGGUGGAGGAGCAGCGAGUAGAGCCCCCAGUUCUCCAGGGCGCCUGUUUACACGAGGAGAACCUUCCAGUAAUGCCUGCUGCCCUCAUUCCAGUCGUGCUGUGAAAGUUCAGAACACUCUAGCUAGUCUGCUAUCAUUUAGCCAAAAAAAAAAAAAAAGAAGUAGUCCCUUUAGAAUCGACAUAAACACCACAGGAGAGAAAAAGACGUUUCAACUGCAUUUAAACAUCGAGAGCAAGUCAAACAAUCAUUUAUAAAAAUUCAUGUAUAGUGAAUGAGAGAGCAUGGCUGGUACAUGCCCCCUAAAUUCUCCCUAAAUGCUUCGUGUAGAUGAAUCAUCUACAUUCUCUAGCUUCAUUGUGAUGCACAUUUAGCUGUUUUUUGUUUUGUUGUCAGUGCCUCUGGCCAAAUCUUUAUUUGCAGUUUGCCCGGGCAAUAAGAGAGCAGACACUGGUCCACUCCAUUGGUUUGUGUGGUUUGUGUUGUCCUGCUGAAGGCUGUGCGGCCUUUUGGGGGUUGUGUGUGACGGGCAGCGUGCGUGUGCUGCUCUCCUCCUCGUGCAUGAACGCCGGCACAUUUGGGAGGCUUCGGUUAGACCUCUCUCUUCACCGACACACAAACGCACACGUUUGAGCUCCAAACUCUAAACCGCUGCUCGCUGUUGUUUACGGGGAUUUUUGGUUGAGAAAAAUACAGCCGUGACAGCAGCUUUGUACCAGUCCAGUCUUAACAGAAAGCAGGUUAAUGGGAAAAAUGGAAACGUACAGACCCAAAAUAAAACCCACAGGAUCAAGUUCUGGAAACAUAGACAGAGAACAUAUGAAUAUGUACAACAAAGAGCUCCUGUUUGGGUUUGUUCUUCUUCUUCUUUUUUUUUUUUUUUGGGCGUGACAUUCAGGGCCCCAGCAAGCCCCUCUUUAUUUCAGGGAUAUCACAUUUAUAUCAUAUUUGACGUCAGCCGAUAAUACUUAUGCAAAUAAUGUUUUUUCCACUGUUUAUUCAGUUAUUUAGUUCCCUUUAAUGUAAUUCAAAUGGAAGAAGAAACAAAAUGGUAAAAAUAAUUUACACUAAUGGCCCUGUGAUUUUAUUGCACCAAAGAUCAAAACGUGAAGAAAUAAGAUCCCUUGUGGGAGAUUUUUGAUCAGAGGAUCCAUCCUUUUUUCCCUUUGUCUAAAGCCGGUGCUGUAUAUCAUUUUAAAAAAAAAAUCAACAUUAGGACAGGAAAACAUUAUAAUAUGGUUAAUAUAUUAGAUUACGCAUAUGUAGACAUUUUAAAAAAUCCCUUUUCAUGACAACAAUGCUGGUCUCAGAUCAUGUUGAAGGUGUGUGUGAAUUAGCAGACAGUGUGAAGCCAAAAUGCCAACAUGUUGAGGGCCGUGUUUCCGUUGCACCUUUUGUCCACCAGAGAGCAGUGGAAGUUGUGUUCUAGUCCUAAAUAUCCCCCUGAUAACCUUUAGUGGACACAGGAUAUGUAUAAGAAACUUAUUCUUUAAGAUAUCAGGAACUUUGACUCAAUUCUUAAAUUAAAACUGGACUGAUUUAGUCUAAUAUCUUUCAAGGAAGCACCUUCCCUGGUGGAUGCUGUCAUGUCCUGUAUUUUCUCUCUUUGUAAGAAUGCUGAAUAUUUAGCAAUAACACAAAAACACAACUUCAGUUAUGGAGUUUUGUUUAUGACCUGUUUUUUUAAAGAGGUUUAGGAUUGAUGAUUUUGAUCUAAUUUGAUACCAAAAUGAUGAGCUGAAGUUUUAAUAACACCAAGAGAGGGUUAUGUUUGUGUGUGUGCGUGUGUGUCAUCGAGAUGUUGUAGCUUAGUUUCAGUAAAAUGGUACAAGCUGAACUGAAAAACUGAGGGUUUACACUGAUGUUUUUGAAAUAUUAUUUAGUGUCUUACAACCCCUUGCCUGCAUGCCGCCGCCUUCUUUCAUCAAUGAUAAGACAUCAAUUACUGUUUACGUUAUAUUUGUGCCAACAUUUAACUUUAUUUUUUACUGUGAGAUUGAUCUAUUUGGAUUUAUUUCACGUGUGUCAAAUCCAAUUGUUUUAAUGGUGGAUGAAAUAUUUACUGUUUAUUGUUGUGCACUUUUUUCUUAUGUUUACAACCCUCUGUUCGAUGGCUGAAUAUUGUCAAACCCACUAACUGAUCUUGUAUUAGUGCAAUGCUGUGUGACUCCUGCUCAUACAUUAUGCUGAAUUAGCAUCAUAUUUUCACGCUGCCUCUCAUUACCCAUCCAUCCCCCUUUCCAGAAGUCCCUUGGAAAAUGUCCAACUUCAUUUCAUCCUGUUAAAGGCUUAUCAUUCCUGCUAAAUUCUUCCCAGGCCAAAUACCUCAAAG